AUGUCGUUAAAUGUCAGCAUUAACACGACGAGAAUUUCGUAUUAUCAGUAUACAACAUCAUUCGACGCUAAUCGAAUUAAAUUUGGCGUCUUUCUCGCACUCCAACUUAUUUCUGUUCCUUGUUUUCUUUGGAUAUUUUACCAAUUUCUUCGACAACGUCAACUUCGUCAACUUCAUCAUCAUGUCAUUCUUCUUCUGCUUCUUGUUUCAUUUUUAUUCGUUAUUAUCGUAUUACCUUUAACCGAAUCGUACUUGUAUCUCUCACACAUAUAUCCUGAAGUACAGCAAUUUUGUUCAUUUUGGAAUUGGCUGCAUUAUUCUUUGAACAUUGUCAAUUGUUUCUUAAUGGCAUUUGCAAGUAUUGAACGGAAUUGGCUCGUCUUCCAUCCAUGGCUAGUACGAAGUCAACGAGGAAAGUUUUUCUUUCAUUAUUGUCCACUUGUAUUCUGCAUACUCUAUCCAAGUGUAUUCUACGCUGCGGCUAUUUUCAUUCAUAAAUGCACGUUUUAUUACGAUUAUACACAAUUACUAUGUAAAUGGCCUUGCUACUUCUAUAACCUGAAAUGGUCAAGCGUUGAUUUAUUUUUCAAUAAUUACGUGCCAUUAAUUAUAAUUCCUUUGUUUUGUGCUGUACUUUAUAUUCGAGUAUAUGUUCAGAAGCGUAAAAUGAAACAACAAGCGUUCAAAUGGGUACGCGACAAAAAGAUGAUUAUACAACUAUGGGCUAUUUCAAGUUUAUAUUUAUGUAUGUGGUUACCAACACAAUUAUCGGGAUUAAUAAAUGUCUAUUGGGAUCAAUACUUUUUAUUGCAAGCGCAAAUUGAUUACAUAUAUUUAUUUCCAUAUUUCAUUCAUUUGAUUUAUCCAUUUAUAAUCUUGAUGACAUAUCACAAAGAAAUGUUUACGUGCAAGAGAGUUGCACAUCGAGGAACUUUUGAGCAAAAACAGUAA